UUAAUCUGUUUCAGUUUUACUUACUCACGAGAACAAUGUCAAGUAGUAGUGUUUACUUGUUUUUUCUUCUGUUUAUGGGCUCGUGGUCGUGGUCGUCGUUGUCCUUGAACCAGGAAGGGCUCUACCUGCAAGAAGCUAAGCUCGCAUUUUCCGACCCGAACGGUGCACUCUCCGAUUGGGACUCUCGAGGAGGAGGAGGAGAUGCCUUUCCGUGUAACUGGUCUGGUGUAACUUGCGACAGCUCCACUUUUUCUGUCAAGUCCAUAUUUCUUCCCAGUGCCGGCCUUGCCGGGCCCUUCCCCUCCAUCCUUUGCCGUCUCCCCUCUCUCUCUUCCUUAUCUUUGGCCGACAACUCCAUCAAUUCAACUCUUCCUCCUACCAUUUCUCUCUGUCGGAAUCUCCUUUAUCUCAAUCUUUCCCUGAACCUCUUUACCGGGCCCAUCCCCGACACCUUGCCCGACAUCCCCAACCUUACAAAUCUUUAUCUCAACGAAAACUCCUUUUCCGGUCCUAUUCCAUCCACCUUCGGCAGAUUCUCCCGCCUCCAAGAACUCAGCCUCAAGAAUAAUUUUCUCCAUGGCCCCAUUCCCUCUACCCUUGCCAAUCUCACCACACUCAAACGCCUCGAGCUCUCUUAUAACACGCUCAUAUCGGGCCCACUCCCGCCCGAACUAGGCAACUUAACAAACCUGGAAUAUUUUUGGGCCAGUUAUUCCAGCAUUUCCGGACCUAUUCCACCUAGUUUCGGCCGUCUCAAUCGACUCACCAACAUGGACUUGUCAAAUAACCUUUUGACAGGACCUAUUCCUGCCGACAUCUUUCAACUCAACAAUCUCGUGCAGUUGGAGUUGUAUAACAAUUCUCUAUCCGGAGAGUUACCCCCCGUGGGAUGGUCCAACAUGACAGCACUACGGCGAAUCGACCUUUCUUCCAAUGCUCUUACAGGAAGAAUCCCUGAGGAUUUGUGCGCAUUGCCUUUACAGUCUCUCAACCUCUAUAACUGUCGUUUCGUUGGCAGGUUGCCCCCCAUCAUUGCCCGUUCUCCAAACUUGUACGAGCUUAAACUUUAUAACAAUAACCUUCACGGCUGGUUGCCAAGACAACUCGGAAGAAACUCCCCCCUCAAUAUUCUAGACGUGUCGGAGAAUCACUUCUCCGGCGAACUUCCUCCUGGCUUAUGCGAUAAAGGCGUUUUGGAACAACUUUGUGUCAUAUACAACUCUUUUUCUGGUAGCAUCCCAGAUUCUCUGAAGAAUUGUCGAACCCUGGCCCGAAUCAGGUUAGCUGGCAAUAAAUUAUCUGGUGAACUUCCGGUCGAGUUUUGGGGACUGCCCAAUGUUAAUCUGCUUGAUAUAGCUGACAAUUUGUUUUCUGGUAACAUUUCUGAUAUGAUAUCUCGGGCAUUAAACCUUAAAUCUAUUAAGAUUUCAAAGAAUCAGUUCUCAGGGAGAAUACCUAGAGGAAUUGGUUCAUUAAACAAAUUGAUUGUGUUUGAGGCUAAUGAUAAUCUCUUUAUUGGGUCUAUUCCUGAUGAGUUUACAGAGUUAAGUAAGUUGGUACGCCUUGAUCUCAGUAAUAAUAACCUUUCAGGGAAGAUUCUUGUGGGAAUUCAAGAAUUGAAGCAGCUUAACGAGCUUAAGUUGUCAAAUAAUUCUUUAUCUGACCAAAUUCCCAAGGAAAUUGGAAGUUUGCCAGCCCUAGACUAUCUUGAUCUUUCAAGUAAUCUCUUUUGGGGAGAAAUACCACCUGAAUUGCAAAAUUUGCAGCUCAACAUUCUUAAUCUAUCGUAUAAUGAUCUUUCUGGUGACAUCCCUCCUCUAUAUAGUGGUGGUGCUUAUAAAGACAGCUUUCUUGGAAACCCAAAAUUGUCUAUUCACCAUGUCAAGGCCAAAUUGAAAUCCUCCCUGGGUUACUUUUGGUUUCUUAGAUUGAUUUUCAUAGUAUUCUCCGUGGUUAUUUCCUUUGGGAUUAUCUGUUUUUUCUGGAAGAUCUGGAAUUUGAGAAAUGCUAGGAAAGAUACGUCUGUAUUGAAAUGGAACUUAUAUCACAAAUUGGACUUUUGCGAAGACGAAAUCCUUGAGUGCCUUAAGGAUGAUAAUAUAAUUGGAAGUGGUGGUUCGAGUACGGUGUACAAGGCCACACUAAGAAAUGACAAAGUAGUUGCCGUGAAGAAAUUGUUGGUAGAAUCGAAAAGUGAAGAUGGUGGAUUGAACAUUGAAGAAGAAGUCUUGGGAAUGAUUCGACACAAGAAUAUUAUAAAGAUGUGGUGUUCUUGCAACAAUUGGGUUGGGGGUGGUGACUACAAACUUCUAGUAUUCGAGUACAUGAAAAAUGGGAGUGUGGGUGAUAUGCUGUAUGGUAUAAAGAAACAAUGUCUAGAUUGGGGUAUACGGUACAGAAUAGCCUUGGAUGCUGCUGAGGGCCUUUCUUAUUUGCAUCAUGAUUGUGUUCCUCCAAUUGUUCAUAGAGAUGUUAAAUUAAACAAUAUUUUGGUGGAUGAGGAAUUCAGAGCCAAAUUAGCUGAUUUUGGAGUAGCGAAGGCAGUUAAGAUGGAGCCAAAGUCCAUGUCCGUGGUUGCGGGCUCAUGUGGUUACAUUGCCCCAGAAUAUGCAUAUACACUCCGGGUGAAUGAAAAGAGUGAUACUUACAGUUUUGGGGUAGUAAUUCUAGAACUAGUGACUGGGAAAAGACCGACUGAUCCAGAGUUGGGAGAGAAGGAUCUAACUACAUGGGUGCGGUCAACUUUGAACGAGAAGGGGAUUGAUUACGUGGUGGACCCUCCACUAUUUGGCUGUACUGCAUUGAAGGCACAAAUAUGUAGUGUCCUUGGCAUUGGGCUGCAAUGCACUAGCCAUAUUCCAAUGAAUCGGCCUUCUAUGCGAAGGGUUGUGAAUUUGCUUCAAGAAGCUGGGGUGGAGGAGAAAAUGGAUACUACCUGGAGAAAGAAAGAUGAGAAACUUGCUCCUACUCCCUCCUGUUUGGAUGAAACUAUGUUUUAACAAGUUCAUGAUUAAGAAAGGAAAUAUGGUGAAAAUUGAAAGGUUAGUUAUAGUCUCUCAAAGGGGCCUUUUCUUGUUUGUUUUUCUCUCUUUAUAGCUUUUAGAUGGAUUGAGUUUUAUUUUUAUUUUCUAGUAAUGUAUUGUUGUUAUGAAAAAACAUUCUGCUUUGUGCCAAAUGAAGAGAAGAGUGAUCGGCUUGCACAUAAAUUCAAACUAUGAAUUGGCUGCAUGAUUAGAUGUCCUUUGUAAUAGCAAAAACAUAUUAGGAAGAACAUGAUAUGAGUGGGUUUUCAUGUUUUAGGUCUUGAUCUGU